UCCGCAGAACACACACCCUACUCCGAGAUGAAGCUGUUCAUCGUUGCUGUUGUCCUGGCCGUUGCUGCCGCUGACAGGCAGCCUGCUCCACCUUCGUACUCUGCCCCUGCUCGGCCCUCGUACUCUGCCCCUGCUCCGCCCUCGUACUCUGCCCCUGCCCAGCCCUCGUACUCUGCCCCUGCUGCCCCCAAGUACGCCCCCAAGGUGAUCGAGAUCCUGAGUCAGGAGUUCGACCUGCGUGACGACCAGUCUUACGACGCCAGCUACCAGACAGAGAAUGGCAUCUACGCCUCCGAGUCGGGCCAGGCCGUGGCUGGCUACGGAGAUGAGCAGGGCUACGCCGUCCAGGGCCAGUACAGCUACACCGGCGACGACGGUGUCAGCUACACCGUGUCGUAUGUGGCCGACGCCAACGGCUUCCAGCCGCAGGGUGACCACCUGCCGACCCCCGUGCCCACCGAGUACCCGACCCCGGAGGUGCCAGCGACCCAGGCCAGCUACCAGGCUGCUCCUGCCCCCAGGUACCAGCCUGCCCCUGCCCCUAGCUACCAGGCUGCCCCUGGUUUCAUAAAAUGA